CAAAUCAAAAGCCGCGAACAUCAUGAGAUUCUCGCGCCUCUAAUGAGAUUGAUUAACAGUCGGCAGAAACAUCAUCUUGGAAUCAGCGAGUUGUUAGACACCCGCAAUCACGUCCAUCGCGUCCGCGUCCGCGUUGUUUGUGUGUCGGUACGUCAGUCAGUCGGUGUUUGUGUGUUUGCGAAAAUUAUCGCUGGUCGCAAGGAUAUGCGCUACAUGUUGCUAUGCAUCGUGGUGAUGAACAUUGACUACACAAACAUGGAAGUACUCAAAGAAAGAUCGAAGUGUGAAAUUGGUAGCGAGGUGCACUGCUAUGGAAAGGAGAUAACAUAUAUACCGACAGAUCUGCCUCGGAAUUUGACGAAACUGGUCAUCACAGAAGCUAAUAUAGAGUAUAUUUCCAAAGAAUGGUUGGACCCGUAUAGGCCUCACCUUAGAGAUAUAACUCUAUCGAACUUACUCUACCUUAGAGACAUUGAGCAAGGUACUUUCGCAAACAUUCCAAACCUCAGGACAUUAUAUAUUUCCCAUGCACCAAGAUUAAAAUAUCUUAGUGGGCUGUUGAAAGGUGUAACGUCAUCAACAUUUUACUCACUACGAAUAGUUUUCACUGGCCUGGUGGAGGUUCCCGAAUUACACCAUUUAACCGAAAACAACACCAUGUUUCUGCUAGAUCUGGACCACAAUGAGAUAGAGCGCCUCCCGAGGAAUUCUAUAAGAAUCGUUGCCGAACAAGUAACCAUAAACUUCAAUUCACGGUUAGUGGUGAUAGAGGACCAUGCAUUUAAUGGAUCGGAAAUCGCAGAACUGUCCAUGCACUCAAACUACAAACUGACUGAAAUCAAUGAGCUUGCCUUCAAAGGACUGAAGAGUCUGCGGAUACUAGACUUAUCACAGUCAGCGAUAAAGAAAUUACCAACAGAAGGAUUAGAAGAUCUAGAAACUCUUAAAAUCGAAGACACGCCCACUAUGCAAACAAUCCCCAGUAUAUACGACCUUAAAAAUUUGAGGGCGGCAAAACUCACACAUUCCUUCCACUGUUGUGCAUUUCGAUACCCAGCACAGCAUGACCCAGAGAGGCACGCUCAGUAUGAAGAGAACAUGAAGAAGAUCUGUGAAGAAUUGAGGAAAUAUAAAAUUGGACACAAAUCGGCGAGGAAAAAACGGUCUAUAUCGAAAACACGCGUGUAUGCAGGAGAGUUGAGACUAGAUACUCUUAAAGAAGACAACGCAGACUGGUCAUUAAACUCAGUACACCAACAAAAAUACAACCAUCAGAAGAACGAGGAUGAAGACGACUUUUUCAACCUAGAUUCGAGCGAGGAAAGUGAAGAGGAGGAAGAACUAGGAAUCUUCCAUUCCAAGCCGACGGAAGUCAAUUCUACUCAAACAGAUCCACAUUGUGGCAGGAUAUCAUUCCAGUUAGUAAACCCUUGGGACGCCAGAAGUGGAAUGCAUGCCAGACCCCAACGCGCUAAAUCCAUGCGAAGACAUCAUGGGAGUUGAGUGGUUAAGAAUAUCAGUCUGGUGUGUGGUGGUGUUAGCGAUUGUGGGGAACUUGGCUGUGAUAACAGUGAUCCUGUUCAGCGAGUCCAAGAUAAACGUAUCCAGGUUUUUGAUAUGCAACUUGGCCUUCGCCGAUCUUUGCAUGGGACUGUACUUGAUGCUUAUCGCCUCCAUGGACUUCCAUUCUGCUGGGGAGUAUUUUAAUUUUGCCUAUAAUUGGCAAUACGGUAAGG